UUCCCUCCCAAACCAAUAAAUCCAAAAAAAAAAAAUCAACAUUUCAAAAAUAUAUGCCAUCUUUCUCAUUUUCAAUUUCUUUCCAUAACUCAACGUUACAAAAUCUCUUCCUAUCCUCCAAUUAUUACAACAACAUUAAUUCAUUCCUUCAUUCAAAUUCAAUUCAACCACAUUUUCGCUUCAAUUCAUGGAAGCCGCCGCCGAAACAGAGGCGGCUUUCAAGCCGGCUCAUUUGGUGUCUUUCUCUCCAACACCCUCUUCAACACUCAACAAUCGGCGUCUCUCAAGCCAAUUCUCCAAGCCGAGUAGCCCAAUUCGAGCCGGCUCAACAAAGAAGAAGACUUUGGCUUGGGUUUCUCUUCAAGGUCGGCUUGUUGGAGCCGAUGAAGCUACCUCGGCUCAAGCCAUUGGCGGCGGCUUAAGCCGAGAGGAAGCCGUUGGGUGGGAGCUCUUUAGCCCUAUUCAUCGUGUUCUUAUUGUUGCUGUUGUUGCUGUUGCUGCUGCUAAAUGUGAGAAGAAUCGCCAGAUUUUUCAACUCAGAAAAUGUGUUCAACUCAGGGAUGAUAUAUUGAUGAGCAUGCAGCAAAAGCUUGAUGAUUUGUGUGAGCAAAUGAAUUCUAUGAAAGAUCAGCCUCAAGCAAUAGUUGAUUCUUUCAGCAUCCAAGAUAAUGGAAUUUUCGUCUAG